GAAAGCUGUUGAUUAAUUUCCUAACUAUCCAAGAUAUCUCAGUUUCAAACCACCUAGCUUUCUAAGUGAGUUUUAAUUUCUUGUCUUGGAAGUUCCUUUCAUUCAUCCAUUAUACGAGAUAUCCAGAAUUUUGUUACCGAGCCCAAUACUUUAGAGACCCCUUCACCCUUUACGGAAGAUGCCCUCCCACCUUUUACGGAAGAUGCCCCAACACCAAAUAUUCCGGGAUGUCACUUUUUACAUCGUCCCCAAAACCAACUCCAAGCUUUUGGUACAUCGCAAGGAAAUCUUCAAACGGCACGGUGCUACUUUGCGGUACAGUAUUCCCCUGGAAAGUAACCGUAGGAACGGAACAAAAAUAACUAACAUAGUGGUUGUGCUAGACGAAAAGCUCAAGAAGGAAGAGAUUCUCCGUGAUCUACAGAUGGAGCUGUCGACGUUACUUCUUCCCGUGGUCAAUUCCGCUUGGGUCAGCGAAGGUAUAGAGAAGAACACCAUUCUUCCUGUCGAUGGAUAUGAGAUAUUCCUUUCCCCCAAGAUACCGAAUAAAAGAACCCUUAAAAGAAAUGCGCAAGAUGAGAAUGACCAAAAAAAGACGAAGCUAGAGAGCCAGAACAAGUUAGAGAGCCAGGAAAAGCCAGAGGUGCCACCUAACCAGCGAAUCCUUCACUUUCUCAAGUUGAUGUCAGACGAAUACGAGAAGACUAAUCAAACUUGGAAAAGCCAGUCGUACCGCAAAGCCAUUGAAAGCAUAAAAAAUACCGCUUUCAAUAUCCGAACGUACGAGCAGGCGAUUAAGCUUCCCCACGUAGGAAAGAGUCUUGCGUCCAAAAUCGUGGAAAUCCUCCAAACCAACAGCCUCAAGCAGUUACAGACUGUCCAAAGAGACCCCAAGCUCAUUGUAUUGGCUAUCUUUGAAAAAAUCUUCGGUGUGGGGACCCAUACAGCUGAGAAGUGGUACUACGAGGGGCUCAGAACGUUGGAAGAUGUCAAGGCAGAAAAAUAUAUGGGGUUGUCUGAUCUGCAGAAGUAUGGCCUUCAGUACUAUGAUGACUGGAGCCAGCGGAUCCCGCGAGUUGAAGGAGAAAAACAUGACCAAUACGUCCGUAUGGCCUGCCACAAAAUUGACCCCCAGGCGGAAGUGCAUAUAAUGGGCAGCUACCGCAGAGGGGCCGCGACGAUGGGUGAUAUCGACUUUAUUAUCACCAAAAAAGAAACCAAAAUACUUGAAUUAAAAGGCAUUUUAAGACGGUUGGUAGCAGAUUUGGAGAAGUCGGGCUAUAUCAAGUGCCAACUCCGCGGCGUGGAAAAGAGAGGAGAGAUUAAGAGCAAGCUCUUCUGUGGGGCUCAGCUUGCAAACUAUCCCUUUUGUCGCCGCGUGGACUUCCUUGUUGUGCCAAGUGAUGAAAUAGGAGCUGCGUUCUUGUAUUUCACCGGAAAUACCACCUUCAACCGGCACAUGCGACAGAGGGCGAUAGACAUGGGGUUAAAAUUGAGCAAUAGCGGGCUAUACAGGGUGGAGGAUUCUGGAGAUCCCAACACACCAAGAGAGGUGCUUUUGGAGAGCAAGGACGAGCGGACUAUCUUUAAAUUGUUGAACAUGGAGUGGCGCGAUCCAGUUGAGCGAAACUUCGGGGGUUUCGAGGAGGAAGGCAAAAGCGUAAAGGCAGCUGGAGAUUUCUAGACAUCGUCUUGGAAUACUUUGCAAUUGGCUUCUGGGAUGAACUCCUUGUUUAACGCGUAAUAAUAGCUUUAUUUUACCUGGAACCGCAAGAAAGAAGCUCCCAUAACUGACUAAUUUUACAGUUAUACACAACUAGGUACGGCGAAGACUAAUAUAUAGCAGUGGACCUCAUUACAAUUUAAAGCUACUCCUGGCAAUA